AUGCAAACAGAGACGGCAGAAUCUCUGCUGAGGAGCUUAAGAAGAGUUUCACGAAGAGAGCAACUGUCUGACGAAGAAGCCGAAGCUGCGGUUAAACUGUCUGAUACAGACGGAGAUGGGAUGUUGGAUUUUGAGGAGUUUGCUCAGUUGAUCAAAGGGAACGAUGAAUUCACAGAGGAAGAGAAGAAGAGCAAGAUCAUGGAAGCUUUUAGGAUGUAUAUCGCUGAAGGAGAAGAUUGCAUUACACCGAGAAGCUUGAAGAUGAUGCUAAUGAAGCUUGGUGUGUCGAGAACGACUGAUGAUUGUGUAGUCAUGAUCAAUGCUUUUGAUCUCAACUCUGAUGGAGUUUUAAGCUUUGAUGAGUUUGUGCUCAUGAUGCUUUAA